AGUAUAAUUUCUUUACAUGAAUAGAGCGGGUUGGGACUGAAACAAAAGUUAAAGCAUCGUAAAUAAAUUGCUGGCCAUAACAGAAUUACGGAUGUCGAAUAUCAGAUAUCUACCAUUUUUUCUCAAAUGCUUUGAUUUUGAAGCGCGGAUUAUUGUAUAUUGAAUUUAAAUAGUGAUAGUUGUGAUUUUCUGUUAUACAGCUCGAAGGCAGUGCCAAUGGCCAGGCCAUUAGUUGUGCGUAGCGCCCCACCGCGACGACACGCGCCUUAUCUGACGUCAUCACGUGACUUCAUCGUUACCCGCUACAUGCAACGCCCUCCGUUAAUCAUGCCAAACUACGGUAAAAAGAAAACCACCCUUGGAGUACCAAAAACAAGCCUGGCCAGAGUGCUUCUCUACGACAACAUUACGCAACAACAUAUGCUUGAUGUUAAAUUGGCUAACAUUAAAAUCGAGAAGCAGCGUCAGGAAAAUCUGCUAAAGAUGCACAAACGGGCUUUUAGCGUCCAGUGCGAAAAACGUAACCGAAAAUGCCAGAAAACGCUAGACACGAACGAGAAAACGAAUAAGCAGAUAAAUUUACCGCUUCUACGUCAUCAGCAGUCGACAACGGCAACGAGUGACGUUACUCCUCUCAUGCGGCGAAUGAGCACGUUCACUCUGAGUGACGUCCACCUGCCCAGGAUAGGGAAUUGUAGUAAACACAUUCUAUUAAAGUUGAAGACCCAGAGUGGACGUCGCCGGGUGUUCCACACUUACGACGAAAGCGGUAUCUUCGCAGACGUUGUACCAGUCACCGCCAUCUAUCCCGACGUCAAAGACGACCCAAGGUUCCAGAACUUAAGAACUACCCUCAUAUCCCCUUUAGUGGAGGACACCGUCGGAUUCGCGAUACUGAGUCCCAGCUUUGUCAAACAGUACCCUUCUAUACCAGAACAUUUACUGGGUGAUGAGGCAAAGCAAAAAUAAUGUAUAGUAGGGAUGAUGAGGCAAAUGGGAAAUGACGUAUAGUAUAUAGUGUAAACUCAAUAUGUUCGACUCGGCUACGUCAAAUACACAUGUAUACGAUUGUGAAGUCGAUGCGGAGAUUCACUAUCAAAACGUGUGUUCAUGUGUUGAUCAUUAUUUGCAUCAUUACAUUUGGUGCUGGAAUGUAAAUUGCGCAAGUAGUAAUAAAGAACGUUAAGUUUUCAUUUUCAAAUAUUUUUUUUUCAACAAUCACAUAAGAUAGUGUAUUUGUCAACCUUUGCCAGUUCCUCAACGAUCUGAUAAUCUUAUAAAUAGUAAUUAAAGGGAUCCUUAUAUCAAAGCCCAUUUUGCAUUCUCACCGACUCCUUAACGAGGUUCAUGUAUCUCAUCACAUGCUAGCGUCGGGAAAAUAACAGCCAUGUGAUCGAAAUCACAUCAUGUGGGAUAAACUAAAAGCAAAAACUUGCUAUUGAAUUGCGUCGUGUUGUUUAAUUGUGUUGUUGUUGUUGUUGCAUAUGUUCGUCCGUUCUAAAUACAUUUUCUAGAAUAGUACG